UUUAACGAUUUGAGAAGCUGGCGCCAUGGCGGGCCUCCGUUAAAACGAGACUGAGAUUUAUCCUCUUUGUUCUCCCUCGACGCCUCGUAGUCCUUACGCGCCUCCGCCGAGGAGGGGCCGCCGAGGAGAAGCUCUCCUUUUCCGAACGGAGGAGGAGGCAGGAGUAGUAGUAGCAGCAGCAGCAGCGGCGGCGGCGGCGGAGGUGGCAGCAGUUAAACCAGGGAGGUCUUUUCUACGGUACAAGCCGAAUGGCGGACCGUGAGGCGUCGCCGAUACCGUUGGAGAUCCGAGCCCGGCUGGCGGAGCUGGAGCUGGAGCUGUCAGAAGGGGACAUCACUCAGAAGGGUUAUGAGAAGAAGAGACUCAAGCUGAUCAGGGCAUAUGUUCCACAUGCUGGAGGUAUGGAAGGGCCCAUGUCUCAUCGGCCCCCACUUGGCCCUCCCACUGCUGCCCGUUUCCACCGGCGACGAACCUCCGGUACAAGAGAUGAACGUUACCGCUCAGAUGUCCACACUGAGGCGGUGCAGGCCGUGUUGGCACGACAUGUGGAGAGGAAGGUGGCUGUGCCAAUGCCCUCUAAGAGACGUUCGCUGGUGGUGCAGACCUCCAUGGAUGCAUACACACCUCCAGGCCUGUCCCCCCUGUGCUCAGACUCGUCGUCGGGCUCAGAGGAGGAGGCGGGGCCAGGCGACGACAUGUCGGGCAUGGAGCACUGGAUGAGCCGCCCUUCCCAGUUAGGCCCCGCCCACCUGGGCUCCACCUCCUCCUCCUCCUCGUCAACGCAGAGCGGCGGCAGCGGAAAUGCCGGGCGUCUGGCCGAUUCGCUUGCUCACACGCACAUCUCGCACCUUGCACACACACAUCUGGCACAUACUCACCUGGGCCAGACACACCACCAGCAGAGCCACCUGUCGCAGUCACACCAUGGUAUCGGCCACUUGUCUCUGAAGAGGAAGGGAGCUCUGAGUGUUGCAGAGAAUGGAGGAUCUCUGCGACGAUCCUGUGAGUUUGGUUCUGACAUGCUGUGGCCACCACCGCUGGAGUCAGAUGAGAAUCACUCGGCCCCGCCGGAUGUGACGGGCUACUCGUCGGAUUCGUCCCACUCCCACACUGAGCGUCACCACAUGUCCAAUAUGGGAACCAUUGCCAGGAACACGCAGAAGUACGGCAACGCAGAACGCAUGGAGACAGGCGAUGGUGUUCCAGUCAGCAGUCGAGUGUCAGCUAAAAUCCAGCAGCUUGUGAACACGCUGAAGCAGCCCCGCAGACCUCCGCUACGAGAGUUCUUUGUCGAUGACUUUGAUGAACUUCUGGAGGUUCAGCAGCCGGACCCUAAUCAGCCACGGCCAGAGGGGGCGGAGAUGAUGCCAGUGCGGGGAGAGGCGCUGGGGGUGGUCACCAACUGGCCCCCAUCCCUUGAGGCUGCGCUCCAGCGCUGGGGAACCAUUUCCCCUAAAGCCCCCUGCCUCACCAGCCUGGAUACAGCAGGGAAACCUCUUUAUGUCCUCACAUAUGGAAAGCUGUGGUCUCGCAGCAUCAAGCUUGCCUACAACAUCCUCCACAAACUGGGCAGCAAGCAGGAACCCAUGGUGCGACCGGGUGAUCGGGUGGCAUUGGUGUUCCCUAACAACGACCCUGUGGCCUUCAUGGUGGCCUUCUACGGCUGUCUGCUGGCCGAGGUGGUCCCUGUUCCUAUAGAGGUCCCUCUGAGUCGCAAGGAUGCCGGCAGUCAGCAGAUUGGAUUCCUCUUGGGCAGCUGUGGUGUUACCGUGGCGCUGACCAGUGAUGCCUGUCACAAGGGUUUGCCCAAGAGUGCAACAGGAGAGAUCCCACAGUUCAAAGGUUGGCCCAAGUUGCUGUGGUUUGUAACGGAGUCGAAGCACCUUUCCAAACCUCCCAGAGACUGGUUCCCUCACAUCAAAGAUGCAAACAACGACACUGCUUACAUAGAGUAUAAAACCUGUAAGGACGGCAGCGUGCUGGGAGUCACAGUGACGAGGAUCGCUCUGCUCACACACUGCCAGGCUCUCACCCAGUCCUGCAGCUACACCGAGGCGGAGACCAUAGUGAACGUCCUGGACUUUAAGAAGGAUGUGGGCCUGUGGCAUGGCAUCCUGACGAGUGUGAUGAACAUGAUGCACGUGAUCAGCGUCCCCUACUCGCUGAUGAAGGUCAACCCUCUGUCAUGGAUCCAGAAAGUCUGCCAGUACAAAGCCAAGGUAGCGUGUGUGAAGUCCAGAGACAUGCACUGGGCUCUAGUGGCCCACAAAGACCAGAAAGACAUCAACCUGAGCUCGCUGCGCAUGCUGCUGGUGGCUGACGGAUCAAACCCUUGGUCCAUCUCCUCCUGCGAUGCCUUCCUCAACGUCUUUCAGACUAAAGGGCUGCGAGCCGACGUCAUCUGUCCUUGCGCCAGCUCCCCCGAGGCUCUGACAGUGGCCAUCAGGAGGCCGGUGGAGGACAGCAGCCAGCCUCCAGGCCGAGGUGUCCUGUCCAUGCAGGGUCUGUCCUAUGGUGUCGUCAGGGUCGACACAGAGGAGCGCCUCUCAGUGCUCACUGUGCAGGACGUUGGUACUGUCGCACCAGGAGGCCUGGUGUGUGUGGUGAAACCAGAAGGCGUCCCACAGCUCUGUCAGACAGAUGAGAUCGGUGAACUCUGUGUCUGCUCCAUCGCCACUGGUACCUCCUACUAUGGCCUUACUGGCAUGACCAAGAACACUUUUGAGGUUUACCCGGUGAGCUCCAGUGGGGGGCUGGUCAGUGAGUAUGCCUUCGUGCGUACCGGUUUGCUGGGCUUCAUUGGUCCCGGCGGCCUUGUCUUCAUCACGGGCAAGAUGGACGGGCUCAUCAUGGUGAGCGGGCGGAGGCACAACGCAGACGAUAUUGUCGCCACGGCCCUGGCAGUGGAGCCAAUGAAAUUUGUCUACAGGGGCAGGAUAGCUGUGUUCUCUGUGACGGUGCUGAGGGACGAGAGGAUCGUGGUGGUGGCCGAGCAGAGACCCGACUCCACGGAGGAGGACAGCUUCCAGUGGAUGAGCCGCGUGCUGCAGGCCAUUGACAGUAUCCACGGAGUGGGUGUGUUCUGCUUGGCUCUGGUCCCAGCCAACACUCUGCCCAAGACUCCUCUGGGUGGCAUUCACCUGUCAGAGAUCAAGCAGCUGUACCUAGAGGGGGGGUUGCACCCCUGCAACGUCCUCAUGUGCCCCCACACAUGCGUCACCAACCUGCCCAAACCACGGCAGAAACAGCCAGAGAUCGGACCUGCCUCUGUGAUGGUGGGGAAUCUAGUGUCAGGGAAGAGGAUCGCUCAGGCCAGCGGCAGAGAUUUGGGACAGACUGACGACAACGACCAGUUCCUGUUCCUGUCGGAGAUUUUGCAGUGGAGAGCUCAGACCACACCAGACCACGUCCUCUACACCCUGCUCAGCUCCCGGGGUGCGGUGUCGAGCUCCCUCACCUGCCUGCAGCUCCAUAAGAGGGCAGAGCGAGUGGCGGCUCUGCUGAUGGAGAGAGCAGGUCUGCAGGAAGGAGACCACGUUGCUCUGGUCUAUCCACCAGGUAUUGAUUUAAUUGCAGCCUUCUAUGGCAGCCUUUAUGCAGGCUGUGUUCCCAUCACGGUGCGACCACCUCACCCUCAGAACAUCUCCACCACCCUGCCCACUGUCAAGAUGAUCGUUGAGGUCAGUCACUCAGCCUGUGUCAUGACCACAGCAGUCAUCUGUAAGCUGCUGCGCUCCAAGGAGGCCACAGCCACUGUGGACAUCAGGAACUGGCCACCUGUCCUUGACACUGAUGACCUGCCAAAGAAGAAGCCUCCAGCUCUCUAUAAACCCACCAACCCUGACGGCCUGGCCUAUCUGGACUUCAGUGUGUCUACGACCGGCAUGCUGGCUGGAGUUCAGAUGUCCCAUAAUGCAGUUGGGGCCUUCUGUCGGUCGGUGAAACUGCAGUGUGAGUUGUACCCGUCCAGAGAAGUGGCCAUCUGUCUGGAUCCCUACUGCGGCCUUGGCUUUGUCCUCUGGUGUCUCUGCAGUGUGUAUUCUGGCCACCAGUCUAUCUUGAUUCCCCCGGUGGAGCUGGAGUCCAACCCGGCACUGUGGCUGCUGGCUGUUAGCCAGCUGAGGGUGCGAGACACCUUCUGCUCAUACAGCGUCAUGGAGCUCUGCACCAAAGGACUCGGGCUACAGACCGAGGCACUCAAGGCUCGGGGUCUGGAUCUGUCCCGGGUUCGGGCAUGUGUCGUGGUGGCGGAGGAGAGGCCCAGGAUGUCGCUCACGCACUCCUUCUCUAAGCUCUUUAAAGAUCUCGGCCUUCACCCACGAUCUGUCAGCACUGCCUUCGGCUGCAGGGUCAACUUGGCCAUCUGCCUGCAGGGCACUUCAGGACCAGACCCCACAACUGUGUACGUGGACAUGAGAGCGCUGCGACAUGACAGGGUUCGGCUAGUGGAGAGAGGUUCUCCUCACAGUCUGCCAUUAAUGGAGUCUGGCAAGAUCCUACCCGGAGUUCGUAUCAUCAUUGCCAACCCAGAGACCAAAGGACCUCUGGGAGACUCACAUCUCGGAGAGAUCUGGGUACACAGCGCUCAUAAUGGCAGCGGUUACUACAGCGGGUAUGGUGAGGAGGUUCUCCAGUCCGAUCACUUCAACUCCAGACUCAGUUUUGGAGACACUCAGACGGUCUGGGCCAGGACAGGCUACCUGGGUUUCCUCCGCCGCACCGAGCUCACCGACGCCAACGGAGAAAGACAUGAUGCUCUGUUCGUGGUGGGGGCUCUGGAGGAAGCCAUGGAGCUGAGGGGAAUGAGGUACCAUCCCAUCGACAUCGAGACCUCCGUCAUCCGCGCCCACAAGAGCAUCAUGGAGUGUGCGGUCUUCCCCUGGACCAACCUGUUGGUGGUGGUGGUGGAGCUGGAGGGCUCUGAGCAAGAAGCCCUGGACCUGGUUCCCAUGGUGACCAAGGCAGUGCUGGAGGAGCACUACCUGAUUGUGGGCGUUGUCGUGGUGACGGACAUUGGUGUCAUCCCCAUCAAUUCCCGUGGCGAGAAACAGCGCAUGCACCUCCGUGAUGGCUUCUUACAAGACCAGCUAGACCCCAUCUAUGUGGCCUACAAUAUGUAGCCUGUGUGUGUUUGUGUGUCUGUGUGUGUCUGUGUGUGCGAGAGAGAGAGAGAGCUAGCAUGCGUUUGUAUGCCGUGCAUAUCGCUGUUGUUGUUCAUUUAUUUCCCCAAAUCAAGAUGUACUGUAUUUUUGAACCUGCGUAUGGUGUGGUCUUAAAUCGUCCGUUUUCUUUAAAAUCGUGCUGUGCUGGUUGGUUGACUGACUGACUGAUUGAUUGAUUGACUGACUGAUUGCUUGCUCAGUGGUGGGAUGAUCAUUUUUACACCCCCGUUCAAUCUCGUGACCGUUACCAGGAGCUUGUCACUGUAGAAAGCCUUAGGGGAACACUGUGUGCGGGGCGACAGCUCCAGUCGUCACACCGCGUGUCGUUUUAGGAGGUAAAAGUAGAAGAGAGAAAAAUACUAGAGACUUUAUCUGUCAUCAUGUUUUACUGGUCCAAUCAAAAAAAAUCCCAGAUUUGUGGUUAUUUCAAUUAGAACAGGGGCAGCCAGAUUAUUGUAAAAAAUAUAAAUAUUGUACAUAGAUAUAAUAAUCUAUAUGGAGAGGUACCUAAAACACAAUGAGGUAUAGUAGCCCCUAUAUGCAGCUCUCUCCACCUGCACCCUGUGUGUGUGUGUGUGUGUGCGCGCGUGUGUGUGUGUGUGUGCUCAUCUGUCUGUGUACGUGAGACAGGGACAUUUAACAUAGUUCUAAUGUGAUUCAUGUGACAGAUUUUAUUCUUAGAGAAACCAAUAAACAUUUUUUAUGCAGACUGAAAUCGGUAAAAGCUGAACCUGUUUAAACUGCAGGUGAAAACACACUGUAGUCAUCCCAACAACAGCUAUAUGUGUUUCCAGAGUCUAAGUGGCUUCAACAACAAAAAACCACAUCCUUUUUCCUCUUGUGACCUUUCUAUUUUAAGGGGGGGAAAAGCCCCACCACAAAUGUGAAAAGCAAAACAAAAGCGAAAUUUAAGUGCAAAGUCUGUCAGUGAAGUAAUUUAAAGAAAAGGGCAGCAGAACUUUUAACAUGCACAGUAAUCAUCAUUAUUCAUCGUACAAGUCAGCCAAAAUUUCAGCUGAGUACUUGCAGUUAAACCUGUGAAAUUCAGUCCCUAAAGCACCCGAAGCAUCUCGUCAAGCAAAGUGCACUGUGUGAAUUUAAAAGAAACGACGAGCAUUACUAUUUAAAGGGCGUGUAUAGGAAAAUCAAAGGAAACUGAAGCCUCAACAGCCAUUUAUUCAUUUCACUCCAUUUAUUUUAAUGAGUGAGUGAACAGAGGGCCAGAUGUGACACUAUGGAGGAUAAAACAUAGUAACAUCUGGCGCAUUUCCAAUCCAAAUGCAGGUAAAACAACAUCUGGAGGCUGUUGGGACAAAAGGGAACUACAUGUAAAGUGUACAGGGAAAAGCUCUUAGGGUAGAUGUAGGACUUUCUUCACUGCGGGGAUUCAAAUUUAUUACAUGAGACUCUAUACAUCAUCAGCAUUCUUUAGAUAUUUUCUUUUGGUCCAGUCAAAAGAAAAUACUGCUGUUCUUUAGUUAAGUCAUGUUUUUUUUGGGGCGUGUCCAUCUUUAUUAGACAGGAAGUGUUGGGAGAGACUUGAGGGUGUGGCAGAUGGGUUGUGAUUUGAUACUGAUAGUUUAGAGUAGACUUCAGACUGUUCACUUCUGCGGGCUGUAGUUUUGAGACAUUUACCUUUAAUUGUUGGAAACUUUGACACGUUAGACCUACGCUGCUCUGCUGCCGAACCAUUCGAUUAAUCAACGCAAAGAGCUGAAUCCCCAAAAAGCUACAGAAUACAUUUUGUAUUUAAAUCUUGUCUAAGUUAAAACUGUCUUGGAUAUAAUUUUUAAAAGUUAUUA